AGUGGGUAUAUACGAUCAGCUGACAGUUAUUUUUAUUUGUUUUGUAAUUUACAACUUUAAAAAAUAUUAAUUAUUGCUCCAAUAAUUAAUUCUCGUGUAAGUAAUAAGUUACCGAGGCUUGUGUUUUUAUACUUUUUUGUACGAACGCGCUUAAAAUAGUUCAUACUUUACCAACAACGAAAAUUUAUUCUCCCUAUAAUUACGUCAAUCACGUGAUUUGGUCAUGUUGUCAUUAUUGAGAAAACCGGCAUUGUUGAGAUAUUUUUCAACGUUAACCAAAAAUAUGGAAAAGCAUUGCGUCGUUCCAGAUGUUGUCGAUGUUGCACCUGAACAGGUAAUUGAAGUUUCUUAUCCGAGCGGUGUAAAAGUUGAUCUUGGUAACGAAUUAACUCCGACACAAGUUAAAGAUGCACCUAAUGUAAAAUGGCCGGCUGAUAAGGAUGCUUUUUACACACUUUGUAUGACCGAUCCGGAUGCCCCAAGUCGUAAAGAACCAACAUUUCGUGAAUGGCACCAUUGGCUUGUUGGAAAUAUACCCGGAGGUGAUGUGUCCAAGGGAGAAGUACUUAGCGAUUACGUCGGCUCAGGUCCUCCACCAAAAACAGGACUUCACAGAUAUGUUUUCCUAGUUUAUAAGCAAUCUGGUAAGUUGAGUUUUGAUGAAAAACGACUGACUAAUACAUCCGCGGAUAAUCGUGGGGGAUUUUCAAUUAGAAAAUUUGCUAAAAAGUACAAUCUCGGAGAUCCUGUAGCCGCUAACUUUUAUCAAGCUGAAUAUGAUGAUUACGUGCCUAUUUUGUAUAAACAAUUGGGUGCUUAAUUAAUACGAUCCAAGAAGUUUGGUUAUGUAUUGUGAAUUAUUAAUUAUAAGGGUAACAGUUGAAAUAAAUAUUUCUGUUUGUGGUAAAAAUAGUCUUAUCAUUUAAUGAUGCUUCCAAGUUUCAAUUCUAUGAAUGUGAGCUUUUCAAUAUUUUAAAUUGUAUUGGUUACAUGUUUAAAUAAAAAUACAGUUUUCAAUAA